GAUAUGAUAACGGACACGUGUCCUCUUUCCUCGAUCCUCCAAACUCUUGCUAAAAUCCAUGGUCUUGUCCCCCCUCCUCUCUCUAUCUCUCUCUCUCCAUCCUCUAUUAACGAACGACCCAUUUCGCUUUCUGUCCUGCCCUCUUCUUCUUUUUUUCUCUCUUCCGCUCUGUGAUCUGCUUGCUUGCUUUCUUUCUUUCUUUCAGAGAUGGAAGCGGUGAAGACGGUGAUAUGCUCUUGAAUCUCUCUGGUAAGGAUUGAAAAUAUCACUAUUGAUUUGGGUUUUUCAUAGCAAGUAAAUGUUUGACCCUUUUAUGGUGAUCCACGUGCGUUCUCUAUUCUGGCUGAGCAGAAGGAAAAAGGCAAAAUACCCAACAAAAUCACUUACCCAACCUAUCUCUGAGUGAUUCAAGUUGGCUACCAAUUUCUUCCAUACUUUUCAUUUCCUCAAGACUCUGAAUUUCUCUUUGUCCUUUUUCAUAUUUAGCUUCGUUGGGAACUAAUAAUAGAAUAGUAGUUGAUACUCGGAUUUUCUUGAACUGAGUUUAGUUAAGUGAGAUUUUGCAAGAUUAACAGUAUUCAUUACUAUUAGAGCUAAGCGAAUAGGAGUAGUUUUGCUUUGUGAUUGAUUCCAAAACAGCAAUAGUUAGAAUUUAGAGGAGGAAAGAGGACUCUUUCUGUAGAUUGAUUUGUGGUGUAGAAGUGGCUAAAAUGAGUCUGAGUGCGGCCGAGAAUGAUUCGGCAUCGGAGAUUCAUAUACCAGCAGAGAUUGAUUGGCAUAUGCUUGAUAAAUCCAGGUUUUUCUUUCUUGGAGCUGCUUUAUUUUCCGGUGUAUCAGCUGGACUUUACCCUGUUGUUGUUUUGAAGACUAGGCAACAGGUUUCUCCAACUCAAAUUUCGUCCGUCAAAUUGUCCUUUUCCAUUAUGCGUCAUGAAGGGGUGAGAGGUUUCUAUAGGGGUUUUGGUACCUCUUUGAUGGGAACUAUCCCAGCAAGAGCCCUUUACAUGGCAGCACUCGAGGUGACCAAGAGCAGUGUUGGGACUGCAACUGUUAGAUUAGGAUUCUCUGAUACUCAAGCAACAGCUAUAGCCAAUGCUGCUGCUGGGUUGAGUUCAGCUAUGGCUGCACAGGUGGUUUGGACUCCAAUUGAUGUUGUGAGCCAAAGGCUCAUGGUUCAAGGUUGCAACAGUAGCAAUAGCAAGAUUAGCAAGAACAUGAUCCCCAGUUGGGAUUCGUGUGUAUAUAGGAAUGGCAUCGAUGCAUUUCGAAAGAUUUUGCGUGCAGAUGGUCCAAGUGGGUUGUAUAGAGGGUUUGGGAUAUCAAUAUUGACUUAUGCACCAUCCAAUGCAGUUUGGUGGGCAUCUUACUCUGUGGCACAUAGGCUUAUUUGGGGUGGAAUCGCUUGCUCCACAAAUAAAAAGGAAGAGAGUUCUGUAAAUGGUAGAGGCUUUGGUUAUAGGCCUGAUUCAAAGGCAAUGGUGGCAGUGCAGGGGUUAUGUGCAGCCAUGGCUAGUGGGGUUUCAGCUAUGAUUACCAUGCCACUUGACACUAUUAAGACACGCAUGCAGGUUUUGGAUGGAGAGCAAAAUGGAAUAAGACAGCCAUUGACUGUUAUACAAACAGUUAAAAAUCUGGUCAAGGAAGGUGGAUUUGCGGCUUGUUAUAGAGGAUUGGGGCCAAGAUGGGUUUCAAUGUCUAUGUCUGCAACAACAAUGAUCACUACGUACGAAUUCUUGAAACGGUUAUCUACUAAGAGAAGAGAGGGCUUCAGCUCAUGACUCCAGGGAGCAGCAAAAGACAACAGAGAAACCUUUUCCCACUGGAAGUCCGUCCCAUUUUUGUUGCUCCAUUCCUCAUUUGUCUCAAAUGGCCUGCUUGCCAAACGGGCUUAUCGAUGUCAAUUCUGUUUCUUUCUCUCUUUCUUGUCAAUUGUGGGGGAGAUCAUUGCAAAUCAAUGUACACUAUUAUAGUAAUAGCAAGGCAUUUUCUUCAUU